GAUGGCUACGUCACACAUGGUAAAAUGGCGGUAGUAGCAAUCGCUUUGAAUUUUCACCUUAUGUUUUAAGCUUUGGAAAACUAACCCCAGGAAAUAUGCGGUACUAAUUAUACACGGGUACGGUCUAACUGGUAAACACAUAAAAUAUAUCAGCAAUGGAUUCCGUCGUGGGGGAAGAUCCAACUCUACCUAUAGACAUGAACGGGAGCACUGGCUUGUCCAGACUCGACGAGAUGGCAGACGACGGACAUCUUCCUGUGGACAGCAUGGCAGAACUCGUGUUUCCAGGAGAGCGAGUGUCGCCAGUUAAAGCUCACACCAUGAAAGAUUAUGAAAAUCAAAUCACUAAUCUGAAGAAAGAGAACUUCAACCUGAAGCUUCGCAUUUACUUUAUGGAAGAGCGUGCACAACAGAAAUACGACUCUGCCGAGGAUGUAUACAAGACGAAUAUUGAGCUGAAGGUGGAGGUGGAGUCACUGAAGCGAGAGCUGUCAGAAAAGCAGGAGCUCCUUGUCUCGGCCUCGAAAGCUGUAGAGAACUUGGCCGGGAAGGAAUCGGGGGAUAUUCUGCGUCUGAAAGAGCAGGCCAGGAGAGAGGCGGAGCGGCUGCGAGACACUUUCAAUAAGAAGCUCCAGCAGUUAGAGGAGAGUUUGAAGGCAGCUGAAGAGGAGGCUGAGAAGAUGGCAGCUGUCGCAGAGCAGGAGAAGGUGCGAAACAUAGACAUGGAGAAGCAGAUUCUGGCAUUCAGCCUGUCCAGCACCUUUACACCUGUCUCCACCCAGGAUGCGCACCAUGUCCUGCAGGAGAAGGAUGGUAUCAUUGAGCAGCUGAAACUGUCCCUGAAGAACCGGGAUGCAGAGGUUGCGCAGCUACAGAAGGCCAUCGCUGGGGAGAGCAGAGAGAGCCAGCCUGCCUCUGUACACAUGAGAGACCUGACUGAAGCCAUCGCUCAGAAGGACAAGGAGCUGGAGACUCUCAAAGAGGAACUUGGGCGUGAGAAGGUGAAAAAUGAAAGAGAUCUGCAGGUUAGUUUAAAGACCUUUGUGGAAAAACAGAAUGACAUCGCUAAGAUGGAAGCUCUUACCAAGGAGAUAACAGAUGACCUGAACAGCUCCAGGGCUACCAUCAAGAAUCUGACCAAGACUCUGGAAGAUGGAGAGAAUGAAAACAAGAUUCUGCAUGGGAAGCUAGAGGAAAGCGAGGAGGUGCUGGCCUCAGAGAAGAAGAACGCUGUGAAACGAGACAAAACAAUCCAGGGCCUGAGUCUGCUCCUGAAGCAGAAGGACAAGGAGAUGGAGGAGCUCUGUCAUGAGAUUGAGGACCGUGAUGCAGCCUUGGCCAAGGCCCGCGAGGCUGCUCACAAGGCCCAGAUCCAGAAAUACCAGGGUGCAGAGGAGCAUCAGAAUCUUCUGAUGGAUAAGCAGGCAGAGCUGGAGAAGCUACAGCUGGAACACCACGGCAAGGUGCUGGAGGCUCAGAAGCUCCAGCGAGCCCUUCGGCUUCGGGAAAAGGAUGUGGGGGACAUGCAGCAAGCCAAGGAGCAGCUGGAGCAGGAGCUGGAGGAGCUGCAGCAGCUGAAGAAGAAGGGAGACAAAGCUGUCAAUGACCUCCAAAACCAGCUGAAGAAGCUGAAGGGGGAGCUGGGGGAGAGAGAGCGCGCCCAGGAGCAGCACUACCAGAGCCUCCUGAACGAGAGCCAGAGGGCACUGCAGGGCCACGAGCUCACCAUCCAGCGUCUCACCUGCAGCCUCAGCGACAAGGAGCAUCAGCUACAGGAGUAUAUGAACAUGAUCAAAGAUCAGGAGCAGAGGCGAAGCCCUGGGGGCGGCGGGGACAUGCUGACCAAGCUGCGUGAACGUCUCCGGGAGAAGGAGGCCGCUCUGCAGCAAGCCCUAGAUGAAAAGUUUGCUGCCAUUGAAGAGAAGGACAAUGAGAUUCACCAGCUCCACCUGUCUUUGCGUGAAAAGGAACGGGACCUAGAAAGACUGAACAACCUUCUGUCGCACAACGAGGAGACGAUUAAUAGUUUUGAUUCUGUGAUUAAGGAAAAGGACGUGGAGCUCCAGCACCUGGCCAACAGCUUCAAAGAUCAGCAGAGGGCCAAGCAGGAGAUGGAGGAGAACCUUUCUCGCACCCUUCGGGAAAAGGACGCCAUCAUCUCUCAGCUGCAGCAAGCGCUCGAGGGAAAAUCCAAGGAUUUGGAUGAGAUGAACCGCGCCCUCCUCAGCAAGACACAGAGUGGCACCGUGUCCGAGCAGCUUGGCCAGCAGCAGAAGGCGGCGGAGGCCUUGCUGGCUGAAGUCAUGAAGGACCGAGAGAGAUUGGUGUCGGACAACGAGAGUGCUGUGGAGGGACUUCUGAAGACCAUCAGCAGCAAAGACCAGCUCCUCAAGGAUUCUGCCGAGCACUAUAAGCGCCUCCUGGCUGAACGUGCCCAGGAAGUGCGAGACCUGAAGGAGCAGCUCGCUGAGAAGCAGCAGCAGCUCUGCGAGGCCGAGAAGCAGAGCUCGGCGAUCGCACACGCAAAGUGCCUGGUGACUGCCGAGCUUAGGGGCCUACUGGCCGAAAAGGACACCGUGAUAAAUAAACUGGUGGAGAGUGGCCAGGAGAGAGAGAAGUUCUUGACAGAGCUGAGACUGACGGAGGUGACGGUGCCACAGGUGGUGGAGCUGAAACGGACCGUUCAGGUGUUACAGGAGCGUCUGCACGAGGAGGAGGCUGUGCUUUUGAAGAAAAACGAAGACUCCGAGCCGGGGAAGAUUGAACUGAUGAAGAGCGCAGUGACUCUGAAGAAGGAGCUGGCACAGCAGACAGAAGCCCUGAACAAAGCCUUGAAGAAAAACAGUGAGCUGCAGGUCCAAUUGGCUGAGCUGCGGUCCACGCUGGCAGAUCUGGAGAGCCGAAGUGAAGCCCAAGCCGCCAACAUCGAGUCCCUAACAGCUGUGCUGCAGACAAAGGACGAGAUUAUCCAGGAUCUCCAUAAGCAUCUCAGAAAGCCAAGGGACUAUGAAGUGUCUGAUCUCCAGGCUCGGGCAGCUGAACCAAAGGAAGAGAGACCCCUUCCUGGCCUCCCGCAGAGAGAGAGAACCAUCAUUGGUGGGAACAGCCAGCAGGAGGCCACGCCCGCCCUGUCCUCGGUGCUCUCUGAGCAUAAGGCCCUGAACCGGGCCCUGAAGGCUGAACAGCAGCUCUACUCCAGCUUGGUGAGGACCGUUAAAGAAUCAGACAGUGCCCAGCGCCUGCACGCCCUGCAGAUGGAGCUGGCUGCCGUGCAGCUACUGCGUCAGCAGCUGGAGGAGGGUGUGCAAAACAACGAGGAGCUGCGGCGGGACCUGGAGACAGAGCUGCAGCGCGCCAAGCAGAGAGAAGGGAGUGAGUCUCAGGCAGAACCAGUCGACCCUAAGGAACUGGAGAGUGUGAGACAGCAGCUGGAAGAUGCGCAGCGAUGGAAUGUGUCCCUGCAGGCCCGCCUUGGUGCCAUCCAGAGUCGCGGCGGCGGGGUGGGCGGCACCAGCGACACCGCUGACACUUUUAGCUUUUUGGCCGAUCAGACAUCCUACUUGAGCAUCUGUGUGGAAGACAAACUAGAUGAGGAACUGGGCCAUCUUUCAGUGCCAGAACUCCGACAAAUGAUCCUCGAACUCAGGGAUUAUAUCAAACGACUGCAAGCAUCAAAUGAAGAUCAUCACAAAAAGGCCUCACUACUCAGCAGAGCAGAUGCCAAACCUGAUGAAAAGGAAGAUGAAGAUGUUUCUCAGCUUGCCUAUGAGAAUAAGCAUCUCGAGAAGAAUCUAGAUGGAGUUGCUCGCAUUAGCAAGACCUCUACGCUUAGUAAGGAGCAUCGGCAGGCUGCUUGGGAUCCGUCGAGCGAUGAGCACGGCCAGUCUUCUGAUGGAGACGGGUCUAAGGAAGGAUCGGUAGCAGAGCAUCAAAGUAGCGGGGUUUCCCAGGCCCAAAGCAAGGGAGGGCAGCUUAACAAUGCCGCUAAAAGUAAGCGUGACAGGCACCAGGAGGGUCUGAGCAGGGAUGUGGAGCUCCUGUCACUCCUCAAGGAGAGAAGACUGUCGUCUGUGACUCAGCUCAGGGAGGAAAUUUUGAGACUGCAAGCUGAGAAUGCUGCUUUGAGGGGGCUCCUGAAGAAGGAGCAGUCUGAGGAGUCCAAAGAAAGCGCAGACGGCUCAGGAGAAAGUGACAGCAAGAGAGAUCUUCAGAAAAUGGUGGAAAAGAUGAAGUCUGAGGCAGUGAGCCAACGCAAGAUAAUAAAAGUGCUUAAGGAUCAGCUGGAGCUCAACUCUGCUACCGAGGGUGUGGCCACCUUUAACCCGGAUCUGAUAGUGAACAUGGCGAGAGAGAUUGAGCGGCUGAAAGCAGAGCUGGGAUCCUCCAAGAGGAGAGCUGGGAGCCUGCAGAAGGAGGCGCACCAAAAGGUAUCCCAGCCAGUAAUCUCCAACUCAAAGGAGGCCACUGUCAGUCCAGCUCAGCACAAAGCGUUGAGACCUGCUGCUGGAAAAUCACGCCUCCCUGUUCCCAUAAGGCAUGAUAAGGUGGUCCUUAAAAGACCUGCUGGCAGUCAAGCUACUGAUAUAGAGCUGCAGUCCUUAACAGAGGAGGUCCUUGAGAUGGAGAAAAAAGGUCUUGGGCAGCCUGAGUCUUGGGCUUCUGAACAGGAAGAAUCCACACUGAGGCCAGACUGCCCGGGGUCCGCAGAAGACAUCCAGAAGGUUGGAGGCUUUACAGCCAAGCAGAUGACAGGCACUGAACUCCUCAGUGAGUUAGAGUUACUCCACUACGAAUGUCAGGAGAAAGAACGUGUGAUUGGCCUGCUCCAGGAGAAGGCUGCAAAGUGUGAGGAGUUACAGGCAACGCUCUUGGAGAAAGAUGAGCUGAACAGAGAGUUUGUUGAAGCCUUACAAGCUGCAGAAUCCACCAUAGAGUAUCUUACUGCCUGUAACAUGGAUAAGGAAGGAAAAAAUGACCAUGUUCUUCAGUCUGACCCCCACAGCCACUACUGGGAGCUUCAGAGAAUGCUUCAGGAAAAGGAGGCACUGAACAAGCAGCUGUUGGAUUGCCUUCAUGUCGCAGAGUCUGCCCUAGCCUCUCUGAGUGCUUUCCCAGCAGGCAGGGCUAGUGCAGACACACAGAUCCGCUGCAGUGAUCCCCAAGGGUUGCUGCACAAGCUUGAGAAUGUUCUUCAGCAGAUCGGUGUGUCUGUGGAUCAGUCGAAGCCUGGGGCAGUAGAUCCUCAGGACUCGGCCUCAGAUUUGCAGCGGCAGAUUGAUGAGCUGCAGGAGGCGCUGUGGGAACGGGAUCGGCGAAACGCCGAGCUGCAGGAUAGACUCGCUGCAUCGGGACGGGUAGCCAUACCAGGGCGCACCAGCAGUGGUACUACUGAGCAAGACUUGUUAGAUAGUGACUCAGCCACAUACAGACAACUGACGGAUGUUAAAAAGCUUUCAGAGCAACAGCAGCGAGAGGCUCAGGGGGGGCAGAUUAAAAUGGACAAGUGCUCAAAAUGUGGGACACAAAACCAGCAUAUUGAAAAGCCCUCUAAGCACCAUGAAAAGCAAGAUCAAAUAAUAAGGCAGCUUGCAGAAUGCCUUUUCACUGCUGGGUCAGCCUUGGCCUCACUCAAUGCUUGCUACACUCAUGGUAACUCCACAGAGAAGCCAGUUAGUAAAGAGAGCCUUCAGCAGGAGCUACAAAGACUUCAAAAAGUUUUUCAAGACAAGGCUGAGUGGCAAGAACAUUAUCUAGAAUACUGUACUCAAAAGCUGAGAACAGCUUACAGUGAGGGCCACCACAUGGACUUGUAUCAGAACAUUAGCAGUCUACAGCAGGCUCUCACAGGAAGUGCUCAGGUGAUCUCAGACCUUCGGAAAGCCCUAGAAAAGCUCAAGACGCAAAAUAAGCAGUAUCAGAAUGAGCUGAGAAUAGGCAAAUCAAGUCCAAAAUCCACAGAUCUUCCAGAGAAGCUGGAAAACCUGCAGAAGGCACUUGGAGAAAGAGAACGCACGUGCAAAGAACUUGAGGAGAAGCUGGCCGCUGCUCAAGAGAUCAUCGCUAUGCAGAAGUCCAUCCAGGAGAAACAAGUUGGAAACCAAAAAGCGAUGGCUCUAGGACAAGAUGACAAAGAGGUACAGGUGGAUUUACAGGACCUGGGUUACGAAACGAGUGGAAAGAGUGAAAACGAAAUGGAUAGGGAAGAGAACAGUAGCUCAGGUACUGUAGACAAUGAUCAGGACGUGCAUCAUACCAGAGGUACAAGCAUCCCAUCACUGCUUGGGCAGAUCCAUGGUAACUUCUCCUCCAUGGAGAACCUCAACACAAGCUCUAGUACAUCAUACCCAAGCUCACCUACCCUCAGUUCCCCAAAGUUCAGCUUGAAGAACUUGCAGAUGUUCGAAGACUACGGCGUUACAGACAACCCGGAGCACCUGAAGCAGCAAGUUCUGGAGCUGAAAGGGCAGCUGGAAACCCAUCAGAGAGUCAGUCAGCAUCUGCAGAGUCUCCUGCAUCGAACCUCCCAAUCAAGCGAUCUCCUGGCUUUCGUGUCCGACUACACGGCCUUUGAAAAACACAGCCAAGAGCUGACCAAGGAGGAGAGACACAGUAUUGGUUAUGAAGAGGACCUCUCUUCUGAGGGCACGAUCCUGAGCCAAGAUGAAGACGAGAAGCAGAUGAUGGAGCAUAUCACCAACCUUAGCACUGAGCUGGAGAAAGAGAGGAACCGCAACAAGAAUUUGGCAGAACAGCUGCAACAAAUUCAGUUUCGAAGUAGAUCAGCUUCACCAGCACGGAUAGACUCGCUGGUGCAGUCUCAGGCCAGGGAGCUGUCCCAGCUCCGGCAGCAGAUCAAGGAGAGCCGGGAACUUGGCGCACUGCAGCGCCUGCAGCUGGAGGAGCUCGGCAGGGCGUUCGAGGAGCUGCUCCAGGCCGGCGAUGUAGACCACCACACGGGAGACGUCGUCCGCGAGCAGCUGGACAAGAGCCUGACCGUGCUGGAGAAGCUAGAGGAACGGCUAGAGAACGGAGACAAACAUUUGGAUAACGAAGAUAGAGCUGUUCUUGACCUGGCACAGAGAGAGCCCCCCUGUCUCUCACGUGACGGCUUCGAUAGCUCCCUGCGAUCACAGUUAGAGGGUGAAAGGGAGCAGCUGCAGCAGCAGAUGAGAUAUCUUGUGCAGCAGAACCAGAACUUAGCAGAAGUCACUAAGGAACAGCUGGAUCUGCUGUCCCGGGAGCUACAUGACAAAAAGCAUCAGAUCCAAGACCUGCAGAGUCAGCUGCGAGGCCGUUCCCCCAGCAGCCACCACAGCUCCGCGCCCGAGCUGUCCACCAGGGGCUCCCCCAGCGACAGGCCGCCGCCCUGUGGUGAUGGGCCUCCCUAUGGUGAUGGGCCUCCCUAUGGUGAUGGGCCUCCCGAUGGCUCCGGCUCCGGCUCCGGCUCCGGCUCCGGCUCCAUCCCGCUUCAGACACACGGUGUCAGCCACUUGCUUCAAGGCCUCGCAGCCACAAGCACUGCAUCUGUAUCUGCUGUGGACUCUGCAGUGCGUCACCAUGACAACGUUGCUUCUGCAGCAUCCAGAAAGCAUAUCAGACCAGGAGGUGGGGUGGAGCUGGAGACCCAUCUGCAUGGCCUGCGCAGGGAGAACAGCCGGCUGCUGGAACAGCUGAGGAGCAGCGAGCAACUGAACGAGACACUGCGCAGCGAGCUGGACCUGCACUGCUCCAUCCUGGCCCAGAAGGAUGAGGUCCAGCCUGAGCCAUGUCCCCUGAAGCGGACCCCUGAUGUGACAGAGCGAGCUGCGGAGCCAGAUGCUUCCCGGGUUCAGGCCGCGGCCAUGAGUCCAGAGCUUCUGGCCGAGCACCUCCAGGAAGUUCGCACCCUGAGGUUACGGCUCGAGGAGACGAUUCGUACCAAUGACCGGCUCCGGGACCAGCUGGAGCGCAGGCUGGCCGAGGCUGAGAGAGACCCAGCAGCGACAAAUAUCUUCAUCCAUGGGGCUGAGGAGCAGAGCCAGCUGGCGAGCGAGAUCCGAUUCCUGCGGAGCCAGAACCAGGCCCUGAAGGAGCAGCUGAGCACAGCCGCCAGAGACAAGCAGAGGGAGAGCGAGAAGCUGCGGGAGUCUCUGGCCAGGAGGACGGCCAGGCUGGAGGUGCUGAGGAGCGAGCUGGAGGAGCAGAGGCGGGAGAACGUCCGCACACAGAGUCGGCUGACCGGCACCGCAGAGGAGAACCGGCGGCUGCAGGAGUCCGUUCAGCGCGGCCGCGACGAGAUCCACAGGAUACAGGCAGAGAUGAGCGUGCAGAGACAGCAGCUGACGGACAGCCAGCACCUCCUGAAGUCACUGCGCAUGGAGCUGCAGGUCAGCCAGCAGACGAGGACUGCGGCUGACAGACAGCGUGAUCCCUCCCAGGAAGCACCGACUCCGGGGGCCGGGAGCCUGGACCUGAACGAGCUCCUCUCUGAGAUCCGGCAUCUCCGGCUCCAGCUGGAGAGGAGUAUUCACACCAACAACGCCCUACGGCAGAAGCUGGAGGAGCAGUUGCUGAGAGGAUCCACCCAGCAGGACGCCUCACCCUCCACCAUCAACAUCAACUACCUUCUGUCUGCGGAGUCGAGGCCCCCCUGCCGCGGCCGUGGGGGAGAUGAAUCCUCAGCGCAAGAUGUCGGUGACUUGAACCUUCCAUCUGUCAGAGUUUCCUCAGACAUCCUUUAUGAUAUCGGUGGGGAGGUGAGGAGGAGUUCAGGUCGUAUGUCUCAGAGCAGUGGAAGUUCUGCAGACAGCACCUCCACAAAACCAGCCCGGCUCGUCCCCGGCCACCACCUUUGGGCCAACAAAAAUGGCCGGCACGUCUUUGGCCUCAUCGAGGACCACAAUGCCCUGCGCAAGCAGAUUUCUGAGGGAAGGAAGUUGAUUGUCAGGAUGGAACAGCACCUUCAGGAGUGUCUCCAGGCUCUGUCCAAGCAGGACUCAAAAUCCACAGUUCUAGAUCAGCAGCUGCUCAAAGGCUUUUCUACAAACAUCAAUACGAUGCAGCAGGUCCUGGAGGAAGCUGCUCGCCUGCUUAGGCUGCUGUGGAGAGUCUCCAUUCCAACAUGCUCCUGUGCUGAGGGCUGUCAGGGCAUUCAGGACGAGGCCUUAAAGAAUGAAAUCGCGCGACUUAAGGCCAAGUUAAGCGAACAAGACAGGUUACUGUUGGGAGCAGUGAAGAGGCUUCGCAACACCAACCAGCUGAAGGAGGGAAUGGAGAAGGUCAUCAUUGAGCAGCUGUCAUUAACCCAUGAUGUACUGAAGAAAGCGAGAGGUAACUUAGAGACAAAUUAUUGUGCACGUUUUGGCCUUAAAGGCUUACCAGGACCAACUAAAGGAGGUCCCGGCCAAUGGGUAGAGCUUCCUCAGAUGCAGGGGGUGUGGCAGUGUCUGUCCCUCUCAUUCUGCAAGACACUCCAAUUCAGCAGCUGAGCAACACAGUCACACCUCAAGUUCCUCUCCUUCCUGCUAAGCAAACACCUCCCCGCUGUCUCCUGCUGUGAACUUGCCGUUUGUACUUUUGUAAUAAUGUUGAGGUACAGUUUCAGAAGUGCCUUUGAAAAUAAGGCAGUGCUUGCACCUUUACUUGUGACCUAUUUUAAUACGUUUGCUGUAAAUCAUUACAAAGCAAUAAUGUAGAAGUUUUCUGUUUGUAAAUAUUGAAUCUGUAUUUAGCUUUUAUUUUCCCUUUUGAUAUAUAGAUAUAUCUAUCUAUAUAUAUAAAACAUAGAAGUGUGUUUUUCUUUUAAUUUAGAGGCCAAUUUGACAAAUCUAUUUUCGCAAUACCAGUACAUACCAUGGCCCACACUUGGAUACAGUGGUUAAGACUUAAUGUAUGUAAAGUACAUUAAAUGUUUGCCAUUCCUUUA